AUGGUCCCAUCCGAUUUCAAAACCCUGAUCCAGAGGUUUUAUCACCUUCAGUCCGAGCGCGUGGAGACAUAUCGCCUGUUUGAAGAAGGACACGAGGCGUACUUGAGGACAGGACCUCACUAUGACUUUGACCACUACAAGCAGCUGGUGCAUGAGAUAACCCAGGCUUUUAACGGCAUCUCAAAGGAAGUUCUGGAGAUCAAGGAAAAGCUGCACCUUGACUUGGACCGGCCAGACCUCUGCGAGCACAUGGACAAGCUGCAGAGCAAAGAGAAGGAGAAGCUAGAACUGACGGCCAAACUGCAGCUGGCCAAGCAGUGUGCUCAGGAUCACCCAGAGGACGAGGAGGUUGAGGAACGCAUCCAAGAGAUCAAGCAUAAUGAUGCCAGCAGCUCUUUCUUCAGUCUCCAUGUGGGGAGUGGGGGGGGGGGGGUGUUGGGGGGGGGGGGGGGGGGGGUUCCCCGCAGAAUGAACCCCCCCUUAAAAGCCCAAAGGGGGGUCCCCCCCCCCAAAAAGUGUCAAAGCGCUCCCCACCGCCCCCAUGGGGCCCCCUGGGGGGGUUUGGGUGCCAAGGUUUCCCCCCCCCCCCCAGGUGGGGCCUGGGGGUUCCCCCUGGGCCCCCAACAGACCGCCGAUUAA